GCCUCCCUGUGGCGAUAGCUUGUUGUUGGGGAGGCCAAAAUGGCGGCUCAGGCGGCGGCGGCGGCUCAAGCUGCGGCGGCCCAGGCAGCGCAGGCCGAGGCGGCUGAGUCGUGGUACCUGGCGCUCCUGGGCUUUGCCGAACACUUCCGCACUUCCAGCCCGCCCAAGAUCCGCCUGUGUGUGCACUGCUUGCAGGCCGUGUUCCCCUUCAAGCCGCCGCAGCGCAUUGAGGCCCGAACACACCUGCAGCUCGGUUCCGUGCUCUACCACCACACCAAGAACAGCGAGCAGGCGCGCAGCCACCUGGAGAAGGCGUGGUUGAUAUCACAGCAAAUCCCGCAGUUUGAAGAUGUUAAAUUUGAAGCAGCAAGUCUUUUGUCUGAAUUAUACUGUCAAGAGAAUUCCGUUGAUGCAGCAAAACCACUGCUGCGGAAAGCAAUCCAGAUCUCACAGCAGACCCCGUACUGGCACUGCCGCCUGCUCUUCCAGCUUGCUCAACUGCACACACUUGAGAAGGACCUGGUGUCAGCCUGUGACCUCCUGGGUGUGGGGGCCGAGUACGCCCGGGUGGUGGGAUCUGAGUACACACGGGCACUGUUCCUGCUCAGCAAAGGGAUGCUAUUGUUGAUGGAGCGCAAGUUGCAGGAAGUCCACCCACUACUGACCCUCUGUGGACAGAUAGUUGAGAACUGGCAAGGUAACCCCAUCCAGAAAGAGUCUCUGCGUGUCUUCUUCCUGGUGCUCCAGGUGACCCACUACUUGGAUGCUGGGCAGGUAAAGAGCGUGAAGCCAUGCCUGAAGCAGCUGCAGCAGUGCAUCCAGACCAUCUCCACACUGCACGAUGAUGAGAUCCUGCCCAGCAACCCCGCUGACCUCUUCCACUGGCUGCCCAAGGAGCACAUGUGCGUGCUUGUCUACCUGGUGACUGUGAUGCACUCCAUGCAAGCCGGCUACCUAGAGAAGGCACAGAAGUACACAGACAAGGCCCUCAUGCAGCUGGAGAAGCUCAAGAUGCUCGACUGCAGCCCCAUUCUGUCCUCCUUCCAAGUAAUCCUGCUCGAGCACAUCAUCAUGUGCAGGCUCGUCACAGGACACAAGGCCACAGCGCUGCAGGAGAUCUCCCAGGUCUGUCAGCUGUGCCAGCAAUCCCCCCGGCUCUUCUCCAACCACGCAGCACAGCUGCAUACACUGCUGGGCCUGUAUUGUGUCUCUGUCAACUGCAUGGACAACGCUGAAGCCCAGUUCACCACAGCUUUGCGGCUCACCAAUCACCAGGAGCUGUGGGCCUUCAUUGUGACCAAUCUGGCGAGUGUGUAUAUACGGGAAGGAAAUAGACACCAAGAGGUACUGUACAGUUUGUUGGAGAGGAUCAAUCCAGACCACAGCUUCCCUGUCAGCUCGCACUGCCUCCGAGCAGCAGCUUUCUACGUGCGUGGGCUCUUCUCCUUCUUCCAGGGACGCUAUAACGAGGCCAAGCGAUUUCUGCGGGAAACCCUGAAGAUGUCCAAUGCAGAGGACCUGAACCGGCUUACAGCCUGCUCCCUUGUGCUCCUGGGCCAUAUCUUCUAUGUGCUGGGAAACCAUAGGGAGAGUAACAACAUGGUGGUGCCAGCCAUGCAGCUAGCCAGCAAGAUCCCAGACAUGUCAGUGCAGCUGUGGUCAUCGGCCCUGCUAAGAGACCUGAACAAAGCCUGCGGGAAUGCCAUGGAUGCCCAUGAAGCCGCCCAGAUGCACCAGAACUUCUCACAGCAGCUGCUCCAGGACCACAUCGAGGCAUGCAGCCUCCCUGAGCACAACCUCAUCACGUGGACAGACGGCCCACCUCCUGUGCAGUUCCAAGCUCAGAAUGGACCCAACACCAGCCUGGCCAGCCUCCUGUGA